UGCGUUCGGCAACCAAGAAAUAAAAAUAAAUACAUUUCAAUUCUCGUUCAAGAUAAUGUCGAUGGAUGAAGGAAAGAGAAUGGAAGAUGACCUUGAGCUAAAACUGCCGGAGUUGCUAAUGUCUGAGGCUGUUCAAUCACUGCAUGCGAUUGUUGAUCACCAAUGGGAUUCGCUCCAGCAUUCUGCGUGUCAGACUGCAGCUGGACGGGCACUGUGGAACCAUGUCAUUCAUGAUCCGGUGGCUGAGAUACUUGCAGGAAAGAGCUUCCUCCGGAGUCUCUAUGAGAAGAUGAAAAUGGACAAGCUCAACAAUGCACAUGAAGUUUCGGGUGUGAUCCUUGCAGUUCGGACAUUGUGGUUUGAUUCCAAGCUAGAAGCUGCCAUUGACUCUUUUGGUGAUGGUGAAUCACAGGUCGUCCUCCUUGGUGCAGGCAUGGAUGCAAGAGCCUAUCGCCUCAGUUGCCUCAAAGAAAGCAGUGUCUACGAGGUAGACUUCGCUGAGGUAUUGCAGAUAAAAGCAGCACUCCUCCAUGAAGUAACACAAUCUCCCAAGCACCGGCACAUCGAGAUAAAAGCCAAAGCAUUAGUGAGAGUGCCUGCAGACAUUAGUGAUGGAGACUGGAUUGAGAAGCUUAAAAGAAGUGGUUUUGUUCCAGAAAGAAAAACAAUAUGGGUGCUCGAAGGUAUCCUUUAUUACCUUCAUCACCUCCAUGCCAUGCAAGUGCUUCAGUCAAUAGCAGCCAACUGCAGUGUGACCCAAACUGUCCUCCUUGCCGAUUUCAUGAAUAAAUCUUCUGCUGCACUAUCAACCUCAACCUUCCAUUUUUAUAACGAUUGGCCAGAUCAUCUAUUACCAACUCUAGGAUUCUCAAGUGUUAAACUUUCACAGAUAGGAGACCCUGACGCCCGGUUUGGAUUACUGCCUGACCCCCAAAAUCUGUUUGAUAAAUUAAGAAGCUUACCCAGAUCCAUCCAGACCAAUCCAGAAGACGGAACACCUUGUCGUCGGCUGUAUUUGGUAGAAGCCUCAGGAUUUCCCAAUCAAACAAUCUCAUAGAAGAUAGAGAAACAUCCUAUCAUACAGUGCAUAAGACUUCUAGAACUGCACAUAAAUGUAGGAAAAUAGGUAUCCUUCAGUUACUGUGUAGAUUUACCGUAAUUCUAAAGCAAUGAAAAAUUCUAUUAUAGCUAUUGCCGCACAUGUUAACUUUUCAUGGUCAGAGAAGUAUUGUGAAAUUUUCGCAAAUAACUGAAACCCACAGACAUUGAAGAGGUUCUGUUUUGAUUGACAAAUAAUGCUUCCAUUAAGAAAUAAAUCUGUUUACUCUUCCUUUCAA